AUGGAUAUUCGUGUUCUUCAAAGCCAGCCCGCCCAGAAGGUCGCGUUUAAAGACUCUUCCACGGCUCGUGUGGGUAAUAAACUUGUUCGCAAUAAGCCACCCACCCAGCCCUCUGCUAUGCGACCCAGGCGUAAUUCAGACGCUCCGCGCCUUCCGACUUUGCUGCCGCCCCCAGGGCAGCAGCAGCAGCCGUCGCCGCUACCACGCCGACAGCCCGUCCCGUUGAUGCCUCCCGCGCAGCUUCAUCCGGGAGCGCCCCAGGUGGUCGCUCCGGCGCCUGCGGUCCCUCUUCAGUCGCCACCGCCUUCGGAGCUGAUGGACGUCGACCCCUCAGCCGGGCCGCCUUCCCAAGCGGUGGCUGUGCAGCCUGUCCUGCAGCCGCUUUCCUUGGGCACCCCCAAGGAGUCUGACACCACAGCGCCUUGUCCGGCGCCCACUCAGCAGCCGUCGACGCAGCGUCAGGAGACGCUGCAUCUCUUCGUGGGUCCCGACGCCCCGCGUACGUCGAGUUUUACCCCAAUAUUUGGUGGUUCGGCGAGUGAAACGGACUCGCUGACGGCGGCCAGUUACAUAAAGUUGCCGGCGCUCGGAACACCCCCGUGCCUGCCCAACAGCUGGUGGGCCAAUCAAGUCGCCGGCGCGUCUGGUGCUGUUCCCGCGGCCGCCGCCGCUUUCUUCAGCAGAUAG